AAGAUCCACCUGCCUCUGCCUCUGCCUCCCAAGUGCUGGGACUAAAGGCGUGCACCACCAAUGCCUGGCAAACCUUUAUUUUCAAUAUAGAUGGGAUUAAUAAUUCUCUUCUUGAAAAGAGAAGAAGAAUUCAAAUGUUCUCUGAAACUAUUUCCAAAGAGAGUAGCUACAAAAUGAAACAAGUUUGGAAAACCAGAGAAGAGCAAAUGAUGCAAGUUAGGAAAAAGUAUUACCAGCAGUUUAUGGAUCUGUUUAAUCAGUGGGAUUUGGAGAGGCAGAAAUACAAAAAACAGCAAGAAAACAUAAUGAGCAUUUUCAAACAACAGAAAAUGAUGCUAAGACAAUGUAAAAUUAAACACAAUCAGAGAGUGAAACUAAUUGUACAGAUGGUCACACGAUACAUACAGAUUUUGAAGAACAUGGAUGGUAAGAAUAAUCUACAUACUGCUUCAUUCAUUGAACUGAAAAAAGAAAUAGCUGAAUACCAAAAGAAAUAUAUGAUGGAAACUCAGCAGCAAGAGAUUGCAAAUAUUCGAAAGUCUCUUCAAUCCAUAUUAUUUGAUGAUUCUUUGAAAAAUUGAACCUGUGUGGAGCAGUAUACUUCUAAUAUUUUAUGGUAGAAAUUCAGGUUUGAGUAAAAUGAAAACAAGCAAAUGACUAGCACCUGUUCUGAUGUAUUAAGGUUUUAGCUUUUUUGUUGUUAAUUAGUGAAAUUUUUCUCCAACAAUGUAAGUUAACUUUUGUUCACAGAGAUAGUUGUUUCCUUUUCUUUUUGGCAUCAGCAUAUUGCUUUGUUUUAUUUUUGAGAUAUGCUUUCACUAUGUGACCCAUUUCUGGGCUCAAGUGAUCCACACACCUCAGCCUCCAAAGUAACUGAGAUUUUUAAUUUUUGAUGUGCUGAGAUAUGCAUAGUACUUUUGUAUAUGUACUAUAUGUAUAGUACUCACUCAAAAUUGAACAUGUUUAUUGCCUCUUCAUGAAAAGACAGCAGUGAAAGAUUAUAAAUUUUCAAAAGCUUUUUAAAUAUAUAUUAUUGUACUGUACAAAAAAAAAUAUAAAAGGCAUGUGACUGGCAACCAUUCCUCUGUAGCAAGAUUUAAACUCUUAUUGUAAUAG